AUGCAAACCCCAAUACAAUGGGGUCACUUCUCCAGGAAGGCUCGUCCCCCUACCAGCGGAGCCCAAGAUAGACCCAAGGCAGGCUCGCUGAAUUGGCCAAUUGUCUUCUUCCUUAUUGGGAUCCCUAUAGGAGCUGUUCUCUCUCUUCUAUGGGUUCCUCUACACAAAAAAACUGCCAUGAUGAUGCCAGCCUGGAUGGUCGGUAGAACUCUUGCCAUCACGGCUGGCUAUCAUCGACUGUGGUCUCACAGAUCUUACACUGCUUGUACUCCCCUGCGGCUGCUUUUGGCAAUCAUUGGCGCCGGCGCUGGACAAGGCAGUAUUAUAUUCUGGAGCCGCGGUCACCGCGCCCACCAUCGCUACGUCGAUACCGACGAUGAUCCUUACAGCAUCAAGAAAGGCUUUUGGCACGCACAUAUAGGCUGGAUGCUGUAUGAGAGUGAAGGGAUCCCCUACGGCGUCCCAAUAAAUGGCCAAGUCGAUAUCAGUGACCUCAGAGCCGAUCCCGUCGUGCGAUGGCAGCACCGCAACUACGUGCUCUUGUUCCUCACUGUGGGCUACGCAGCUCCCUCAUUGGUUUGUGGUCUACUCUACGGAGACUAUCUGGGCGGAUUUCUUUACGCAGGCUGCUUGGCAGUGGCCCUCGCACAGCAAGGCACGUUCUGUACAAAUUCCGUUGCGCAUUGGGCUGGAUCUCAGCCUUAUGCAUCUGAGAAGUCUCCGCGAGAAAGCCAUUUGGCUGGCCUUCUCAUGCUUGGUGAGGGAUAUCAUAAUUUUCAUCACGAGUUCCCAAUUGAUUAUCGCAAUGGACCCCAGUGGUAUGAUCUGGACAUGACCAAGUGGCUGAUAUGGACUUUUUCUCAGCUUGGACUUGCCACUAAGUUAAGACGCUUCCCUCGGAAUGAGAUUGAGAAAGGUAUGAUUCAGCGAAAGUGGGAAAUGUUGAAUAUAGAAGGAAAGACGGUUGAUUGGGGUACACCGCUUGACGAGCUACCGGACAUGGAGUGGGAUGAGUUCCAACAACAAGCAAGGACCGGGCGCAACCUGAUUGUGAUCAAGAAAGUUGUGUAUGAUGUUUCAGCUUUUGUGCUGGAGCACCCUGGAGGUACGGCUUUGAUUACAGGAGCGAUUGGAAAGGAUGCGACGGAUAUGUUCCAAGGCGGAGUAUACGCUCAUUCUGGUGCAGCUUUCAAUCUUUUAGAUACCAUGAGAUCGGCCGUGAUCAGAGAUACAACAAGUCAACCUAAGGACGUCUCAUUUUGA